GUUGUCCCGAUCGCUCAAAGCAGAAGGCAGCCGCAGUCUUUGGAUAUCAGCGCUUAGCAGCGUUCUUGCGCCUGCAUGUGCCCGCCUAUAGAAUCAAGGUGAUCAGCGUCGACCCUCGGCGGAGCUUAUAUCGCACCUUUCGCCCAAGUGCAUAGAUCAGACGACAGCGCCAGAUAGAGACAGCGGCCAUGCGAGCCAUUGACACCUCGCCCGGUUAUGCGUCGCAACCGGCCAGCAGGAUACCGAGGCUGUCUGCCGGUGCAGGUCCCACCACGGCUGGCUCGCGUAGAGUGCCUUCGGCGGGCAGCAAGUCUGGACUGCCCAGCCCAGUAACGCCAAAAGAGCCAGCUCAGCGUGCUCAGCCCAAGCCAGACGUAGCAAACAUAGAGACAGACAAGUCAACAGCAACACUUCCAAUGACGACUACAAGCCCGCUCGCACAAGAAUCAAUUGUUGCAGAGCUGACGGCAGGAGCCAAAGCGCCCGCUCCCGGCAAGCCUACGGGCAUUCCCCGUUCGACGAGUAACAGCAGCGGUGGUAUGCCGGCCAUACGACUGCUACGCAACAGAUUCCUGCACUCCAAUACGCAGACGAAGUCCACUGCCGUGACGCCGUCGCCAAGACCUUUGCCUAUCAAGACGAGCCCUACUACAUCUGGUAUACCACGAGCCAACGGUGCUGGCUUUGGCUUCAACAGGACGCCCAGUCAAGGCAACAAAAGCGUCAAGCUAGACAGCUCGACAAACUCACCCGUUCAGGACGACGUGCCCUCCCUCGCAUCCAUUGGCACGGGGAGAAAGAGCGCAACCCCUCAAUCGCCAACGCAAGCCAGAAGUCCUGCGUCCCCUACAUCCCCUAGAUUCAAGACCGGCAGUCAGCAAGAUCCGUCGGCACGACCGCGGCGAAUUUCGUCUCCGCGCAUCUUGUCGAGUUCUACAGAAUUCGAGACGCCAAUUGAGGAAGCAAGCGAGACUCAUGACAACUUCAUGGCCACUUCGCGGUCUCCUCCACUCGUGAGGAUGUCGCUCGACAAAGCAAGAACAUCCCUAGAUAAGAGUGACCGCAUCGGCUUGGGCUUCCCGAUCAGACAGACUGCGCCUGCGUCGCGCGAGAUAUCAGGUUCAUCCCUUGUCACACCGGUCACUAUUUCUGCCGGUCGUUUGGGCCUCGAAGAAUCGCCAGAGAUCAGUCCUGGAUUGCGGACUCACGACGCCUCGCCCGAGCCCGAGCAAGCUCCGAUAGCGUCGCAGAAGGCACUGGGCUCUACCAAUCCGUCCGGCCAGCCGCUCAAUGGCUCGCCAGAUGUCACAAGCCCGGGAACGAGAUCAGUGCGCAGUUUCGUCUCAAGCACAAGUCCUCCCGAUCCGCCUGAACGUGCUAGCUCCGUGCCGAAAGCUUACAGAGGCUCGGAUGGUUUAGCUCGAUUCUCUUCUAUCGGAAGUGCAGCCAAUGGUCAUGCUCAGCCGCCAAUCAACAAAGACGAUAUGGCCUACAGAGCUCACGCGUUGCAAUCGCGCUCUCUGUCAAGAGGGUCAUCGCAAGGCACUUCGCGCUCGACCAGCCCGACUGCAGCUGCCGAGCCUGCAAAGACUCACAUAGAGCAGACUGCGCUUGCCCCACCGGUUGCAACCUCGCUAACGACCGGGCGUUCUGCGAUAGACUCGAUUUUGGCAUCUGAUGAAGGCAUACUGGGAUUGCGUUCAGUACAGUCUAGCAGUCCUCAUGUCGUCUCUCGCGAAGCUCAACUUGCAGCAGAGCAAGAGACUGAGCGUGUGGACAGUCUGCGCGUGCCAAGACAGCCGUCUGCCCAGCGACACUCUCCUCUUGAAGAUCUAAUCGCUUCCCUCGGUGGCCGACGCGUCUCUGCAGAGUCCGAUAGAUCCGAAGCUAGUGCAAAGAGCUCGGAGGAAGACGUACAAGCAAGGCCCAGUCUGGUUGCGCCGGGCAAGCUGGUCUCGAGAUGGUCGUCCAGCUUCACAGCGCAAUCUGAGCGCAGCUCAACUCAUGCCCCUGAAGUGGCCGUAGAUACGCCGGGCUCACAGACGGAGGAUGAUGAGCUCAGCGCUCUGCCAAGCGAUCUGGGCAACAGCCUUGCAAAUCGGAAUAUCACGCCUCGCACGGCAAAGCGUUGGUCUCUCGAUGAGAUGGAACAAUCCUAUCAGCGUAUGCGAGCAAUCAUCACGUCGACGAGUGUGGAACCUGGUGAGACUAACAAAGCCGCGGCAUCGGGCCUGGCAAGAUCAGUGUCCGCGCAAACGCCACCCAGGCACACGACGUCCCCAGAUGCAACGCCAACAGCGAAUCGUCGUGCGAGCUGGGCGUCUCGACCACAGACUAGCUCGGACUCUGAAGAGGACGUUCCGCAGAUCGGCGCCUAUCCUAAGAAGAUGACGCCCGCAUCAGCCAGAUCGCUACGCCACAUGCGAUCCUCGACUGCUGAAAGCUUCGCGUCUUUCACGACUGCAACAAGUGUAAGCGCUCCAGACAAUCUUGAUGCUCUCGCUACUACGCCGACGACGCCGCGAGCUACCGUGCAUACGCUGCCCGAUGAGCGGCCUCGGUCCGCUAGCGUCAAUUCUUUGCAUUCGACGAGCCCGUACACCCGCCUGCCCGCCAUGCGACCGCGCGGUGUGCGCCGAAGCUUGGCUGGCACUUCAGAUCGAUCAGUGAGUGUACAAUCGAAUCAUGCGCCUCUCGUCGAGCGGAGUGAUUCCGCCCAGACGGCGACCGAUCGCGAGCUUAGUGAUGACCAUCUUGCCGAGCUCUCGAACACGUCCAGAUCAGCGUCCAUCGAGCGCAGCUCGUGGUUCAACGACAAUACGCCCGGGAGAGCUUUCGCUGCAAGGCCCACCCGAAUCGCGUCCGGCUCAUCUACGCUGGCCGAUCAGAGCUUGGCAAACAUACGCAAGCAAGAUAAGAUCGAGCUAUUUUUGCAAUACACUAAAGCCAUGGCUGAGCUCGACGCUCUCAAGAUGCAGAGCUCGCUCGAGCGUCAGGCUCUGCUUGAUGCGCUACAAGAGCAGAGAGAAGCUCUUCAGGACAUCAGAAAUCAGCGUGACGCCCUACAAGCACGCAAUCAAGACGAGAGAAUGCGCUCUGUGCUUGGCUAUGAUCCCGCAGCGACUCUUCGCAAUCGCUCGCGUCAACAUUCUCGUUCUGCGUCGGCGUCGAUCGAGGUGGAUCAUAGCAGUCCGGGCAACACAUCGCUACGCGCAGAUUCUGAGCGUAGCUCUCGCGAGGCUGAGCUGCAUGAAGAGCUGCAGUCGACUCAGUCGCAGCUUGCGCAGAUGCAAGCUCAAUUGGACGCAGCUCGCAGGGAGAUGGAAGCCCUGCGGAUUCAGGCUUCCUCUCCCGUACCAGAAAGGUCAAAGACAACCAAGUUAGCGCCGUCCUCGAAACUUCCUAGAAAAUCGAUCACGCUUGCAAAGACCAACGGACGACAUGGACAUGCUUCAGAUAGCUCGUCUGUUGGCGAUCGCGAGCGACCUGGCAAAAUCAGUAUCAAGUCUUCUUCCGUUCGCACUCGCUUGACGCGUUAAGCGUCGAUGUAUCAAUCGUUAUGAUUGCCCUUUAUCUUGUGUCACCUUUAUUGGAUCUUGUUGAUGUUC